CAUGUCGCGUCCCAAGCCAUAACGUUCUCCAGGGUUCUCCACUGCAGUUUCUCUGAGCACAUAGGCUCCUUCACAGCACGUAAGCGUCGCAGUCAAGUAUUUAAGCGCCAAUUAUCAUUAAUGUUAUGAUGUUCUUUCACACCUGACCGUUUUCAGAAAUAUCGUGAUGCAAACAGCAAGUUUCGGACUGGUCUUUAUAGAUGUUGCAAACAUAAAUUGAGUCACGACAAGGUGGAAUCGUGCGCUCGACAACGUUUUAGCCUGUGAAUUAUUGGUUUUUGUCAUAAACGUUGUACAUUUGCUUUGCUUUGGAUUAAAAAAUACCUUUCUAUCCUGAAUGUAAGUGUAGGUAUAUAUUUGCAAUUGAAAGAGGCAGGGAUCGCCUGUUGUUUAAGUUAAAAUUAACGAUAUAAUGGCCACUAAGGAUUGGGACUUCCAAACCUAGAGUGUCCUUUUAAAAUGAUGAAAAUUUACUUUUUUAAAAACUUUGAAUUGAUCAAAGUUUAUAAGUAAAAUUCUACAUAGAAAUGCAUUAUUUAAGGAACAUAAAAGGUCCCGGUCCCACAAUUAAAAAAAUGAAAAUAUAACAUCUACUGUAUUAUGUUGCCCAACAUGCGUAAAAAAGUCGGUUUCUUGGAUUUCAAUAUUUUGAUAAAUGUACAUUUUUUUGCCUUGAAAAAAUUACCCUAAAAAUAUUGCUGCCUAAAAACUGUCUUCUUUUGGGCGUGGGGUUCAUAAAUUCAUUAUUGCUGGCAGGUGAGAGCUGUUUAUGAGGUGUCAUAUAAAACACUCGUGGACAGACACUGGCCUCGCCUCCGUGUUUCAGACGACAGGGCAGGCUCUAUAUAAGAGAAGGACAGGGUUCUGUUGAGACAUCCUCUGCCAACAAGCUGCAGUGACCACACCAGCACAACAGUACAACAGCCAGCCACUUCUGUGUCCCAGUGUGAGUGACAUCAUGAAAGUACUUGCGGUCAUCUUGCAUCAGCCAUGUCAGAGAAGAGAAUCAUCAAAGGAAACCCAGCAGCUCUGUACUCUCAUCCUUACAUCGCCUCUCUGCAAUAUUAUGUCCGACAAUGGCCUUCUUCAGGCUGGAAACAUAUCUGCGGAGGAUCACUCAUCAACAGGAGGUGGGUGCUCACCGCUGCUCAUUGCGUGGAUGGUCUUGUCACUAGCGAUAUGCGGAUAGAACUCGGCGCUCUAAAUCUGUACGAGAAUCCAAACCAAUACGAAGAAACCAUCAGAGUUGCAAACUACACCAAGCAUCCACAUUACAGAGCCACGGGGUCUGGAAUUCCCAACGACAUCGUCCUAAUCUACCUGACGAAAGACGCGACUCUCAACAAAAACAUACAGCUCGCUCGUCUGGCUCCCAGCGGCUCCUCCUUCGCCUACACACAAUGCGUGUUGGCCGGCUGGGGUGCGAUCAGAACAGGUUCCAACCCCCAAGACGCCGAGACCCUGAAAGAGGUGAAGAUCACCAAAAUCCCCAAUGAUCGCUGCGACAAUCUCUGGGCAGGCCAGGCCAUCACGGACUCGCACAUCUGUGUCCACGAGGCAGACAGGCAUCCCGGCCAGGCUCCUAGCGCCUGUAUGGGGGACAGCGGAGGACCCAUGAUGUGUGGACAUGGACAUGACAUCUUGGCCGGGGUCGCGUCGUGGGGAGAGAAAACCUGCAGCGGAACUCUGCCCAGCGUCUACACCAGAGUCUCCGCGUAUCUGAGCUGGAUCAGGCACCGCUUAGUGAUCCGCUCACACUCUGAGGGCCGGCCAUAUCCUUCUAAUAUUAUUAGGAAAUAAAGAAUUAACUUCAAGUCA